AUGGCGGCAAGAUGUGUGUUGGGCGCUUUUUUUAUUUGCUCAAUAUUUGUGUAUGUAGCAGAGGCGAAAGUAUUUACGAGAUGUCAACUAACACGAGAGUUCCUAAAAACUAAUUUUCAUCAAAAAACUUUCCUUAGUAACUGGGUUUGUUUAAUAGAACAAGAAAGUGGCAGAAAUACAUCGGCUCUUAAUGUAAAGUCUUCGAGAAAGCAGUAUUAUGGAUUAUUUCAACUAGGUAACGAAUAUUGCAAGGAAGGCCGCAAAGGAGGAAAAUGCAACGUCGCUUGUGAAGCGUUGCUAGAUGAAGAAAUAAGGGACGACUGCGCGUGCGCACUGAAAGUGUUUGAAGAGGAAGGCUUUAAGUAUUGGACAAAGUGGGAGAACAGAUGUAAAGGAGAACGAUUGCCUGAUAUUGAGAAGUGUCCAGAUUGGCAGUACCCCCCAAGAGCAUCCCCCGAUCGCUUGAAGAGAAAUCCGCGUAAUAUCGCACCAUCAACAAAUAUGUUAGCCAAAUACCAAAGACUAAAGCGGCUACAGUUAAGGAAAAAAUAA